AUGAGGGUGUUGGAAUUGGAGGACAAGGCAGAUAGGGACGCAGAGCUAGACCAGGCAGCCGCAGACGCACAGAAUAGCCCGCUAAGAUUCGGCCCACGAGGCUGUGGGAGUAAGAUUAAGCGCCUGAAAUCCGUUUGCAAAGCGGAUGGGAUAACAACGAAGCACGUCACCAGCGACAAAGUUGGCGAGAAAUCUAGAUUCGCUCAUGACGGCAAUCGUUCCAAGAAUAGGCCCAGUCAAGCUUUCGCUUUAACCUUCACCCCAACCCGUUACACGGAAUACCAUUACCGCUCUCACCGGCUAUCCAGAUCACCCACGGCUGGUCACGACCCUGCAUGCAGUGCAUUGAGACGGUCUUCAUACCGUCAAUACCGUAUAGAUCGAACGGAGGAUACCACAGCCGCUAAGGAAGAGUCAACUGUCCCCCACAACGCAUCAAACUGCAUAAUCCUGCCUGCCACAUUCGAGAAAUGGCCCCGCGGGAGAGGCGUUGAGAAACCCGCUGCAUCCUGUGCUGUCAGCCUGUAUUCCCUAUACAGAGUGGGGUAUUUCUACAGAGUAUCAGCCACACACAGAGUUUACUACUACCUCGGUGAUAGCGACAGCGAUUCAUAG